UAAUCCACAGAGAUGUGAAAACAACAAACAUCUUACUGACAGAGAAUUUCCAAGCCAAACUUGCAGAUUUUGGUUUGUCCAAAAGCUUCCAAGCAGAGGGCAACAACACCCACAUGUCCACCAUUGUUGCUGGCACUAUUGGUUACCUAGAUCCAGAGUACUAUAAAUCCAACAGGUUAGCUGAGAAAAGUGAUGUGUAUAGCUUUGGGGUUGUUUUAUUGGAGAUAGUCAGCUGCAAACCUGUAAGGCCACUAACCGAAACUUCAGCUCAUAUCAUCAAAUGGGUAAACACCAUGGUAGCUCAAGGGGAUAUUAAUGGCAUAAUUGACCGAAGAUUGGAAAGAAAUUAUGAAGUGAACUCAGUUUGGAAGGCAGUGGAAAAUAGCGUUGAAUUGUGUAUCCGAGAACCCUGGAAAAAGACCGACAAUGAACCAAGUGGUGGCGGAACUGAAGAAUUGCAGAUUCAUGUUUCUUCAUCUCGCACUUUGAGCUUGGAUUGAAAAUUUAUGUUGAGAACAGAGAAAACCUUACCGCAUAAUUAUAUUAAAAUUUGAUAGAUGUUCAUUCUUAUUUCAAAUUUGGAUAUGAACUUUUGAGUGUAGCCUCAACAAUGUGUCUUAUAGUUCUUGAAAUUAUGUUUUAAAAGAAUGUUGGUUCCUUAACAAUAGUUUGAUAUAAAUUCGAAUUUAUUGCUGACAUUUAAUUAACGAGGU